UGGCUAUCCAAUUAUUGGUAUAUAUCAAGACAAAGCUUGUAAUAUUUUUAACUUAAAAGACUUUCAUAACAAUAUUGACAAUAUUUCUAUAAAUUAUAAUCCUUGUAAAAAUGAUUUUAUACUUAAAAGUGAUGAUGAUAAAAAAAAUCCAGAUAAACAAGUUUUAAAUUAUUUAUGCGAUGUGCUUGAAGAAUCAAUUCAUUCCAAUUUUAAAGCCUUGGAAACUAUGGUUGAAGAUAUUAAAAAACUUGAAAAUCAAAAAACUAUGCCUCACACUUGGGAGGAUUUAAAUCACAAUACCAUGUAUUGGAAUUCAUAA